GUAUCCUUUUGACAAAUAUUUUUGCGCGAACUCUGCACUGCAUGGAAACUCUUGUCUUUUGUGAAGUUUCGCGGCUUUAAAAGUUUCUGUUGACAUUUGUUUUGCAUUUAAAAGUGAACGAUUGAAACCAAGACACCGUUGCAACUAAUAUGGAUGAAUACGAUGAGAUGUACGGCAUCGAGGACGACUUCGAGCAGCAGUUUGCCGACGAGUUAGAGGUGUUGGCUGAUAUGGACUUUGAUCCGUGUCCCGUGGCUAAAGUCUCUGAGUUGCGUAACCAGAAGCCCCAGCAAUCCUUUGAUGAGGCGAUCGCUGCUGGGGAUGAGGAGACGGAGGAUGUCUCCCACAGCCCAUCACCAGGGAUGGAGGAGCCGCUGACCCCGCUACCCAAGAGAAGGAAGUAUGAUGUGGCUAAAAAACUCAAGUUUGAGUCGACGCAGGUUGAUGACAUCACUCCCCCCUCCUCUCCAGAGGCUUAUGAGGGCAGCAGGCUGCCGCCCUCCCUCAGGCUCUCCCCUGAUAGGCCGCCCGUUGCCACGGUUGCACUGGACAUCAGCGGUUUGGGAGCGUUACAGGAGACCCCUAGACGGGUUCCCACGGAAACCAGGCAUGCCCUACGGCGUCCCCCGGCAAUAGGAGACUUCAUCACCGUCACUGACUCUUCCGGAAAUCGAGUUUAUCUGCGACAGAAAGAGGAACAGCUAACUGUUGUCAAGUCGAACCGCAACUCCCAGAAUUCACUGGGGCUUCUGGCCGUUCCCAUAGAGGUUCUGAUGGAACAAGCGGCAGAGAGGCGCCAUAGACUGGUGGUGGAGGAAUCACAGAGGCUAACUGAGCUUCUCAGCAGUAAUGUUCAUCAAGAUCUGCUUGAUGACGCUGAUGAGCAAGGUGAUGAAGGUGAUGAUGAAGAUGGUUUCUCCUCUCGUCUCUGGGUCGACCGCUUCUCCCCUCGACAGUACACUGAACUACUGAGUGAUGACUUUACCAACCGCUGCCUGCUGAAGUGGCUGAAGCUUUGGGACACGGUGGUUUUUGGCCGUGAGAGGAAGGCCCGCCCCAUCGCGCAGGAUUCCAAAAAUGGCAACCAAUCACAGAACAACUUCAAGACCAAGAGCCAAAUCACAGAGGAGAUCCUGGAAGCUGAGCUGGACCAGUACAAACGACCCAAGUACAAGGUGGCGCUGUUGUCUGGACCACCAGGGCUGGGGAAGACCACCUUGGCCCACAUCAUUGCAAAGCACGCUGGGUACAACGUGGUGGAGAUCAAUGCCAGUGAUGACCGCAGUGCGGAGCUCUUCCAGAAGCGCAUCGACACGGCAACACAGAUGAAGUCGGUGCUGGGAGCCAAUGAGAAGCCCAACUGCCUUGUGAUUGACGAGAUUGACGGCGCCCCCUCUGCGGCCAUCAGCGUGCUAUUGGCUACUUUGAACAGGAAGGAGAGUCGUGAGGAGGGCGAAUCAGGAACCAACGCCCUGAAGAAGAAGAAGAAGAAAGAGACUGUCCUCCUUCGCCCAAUCAUCUGCAUCUGCAAUGACCUUUAUGUCCCAGCACUGCGACCUCUGCGGCAGCAAGCCUUCCUAUUGGCCUUCCCUCAGACUCAACCCUCGCGCCUCACACAGAGAUUAGCGGAGAUCUCUCGGUUUCAGGGCAUGAAAGUAGACACUGGCACCUUGAUGGCUCUUUGUGAGAAAACUGAUAACGACAUCAGAGCCUGUCUCAACACCCUGCAGUUCCUGCACGGGCGUGGUCAGAGGCAGCUGGACCAGCGUGCGGUGACCAGUGUGUGUGUCGGACAGAAGGACCAGAACAAGGGGCUCUUCACAGUGUGGCAGGAGAUCUUCCAGCUGCCGCGCACCAAGAGGAAGCGGAUUGGCACGGAGGCCUUGGAGGAGGCGUGGCUUAACGAGGGAGCGCAAAGACUACAGCACAUCCUGCAUCUGGUGUCCUCGACUGGGGAGAAGGAAAAACUCACACAGGGUCUGUAUGAUAACUUCCUGAACAUGAAGCUGAAGGACCCCAGCCUGCGGGGUGUGUGUGAGGGGCUGGACUGGCUCUGCUACGCGGACGUUCUGAAUGACCACGUGUUCCACACCCAGAACUACUCGCUCAUGAGAUACACACCCUUCCUGACCGUCGCAUUCCACCUGCUCUACGCACACACACACACACCCCGCAUCAACUACCCGUCCAGCCACUAUGAGGCGCAGGCGCGUACCCAGAACAUGAGGAAUGCGGUGGUUGCCAUGUUGGCUGAGAUUCCCCCGGCCAUGCGGAGUCGCUUGGCCCUGACCACCCUCUGCCUGGACAUGCUCAGCCUUCUGCUGGACCUCAUCUCCCCAAAACUACGCCCUGUGAAUCCCCAGCUGUACAGCUCCCGAGAGAAACAGCAGCUGUGUGAGCUGAUCGACACCAUGAUCAACUACAACCUCAGUUAUAGACAGGACCGCACUCAGGAAGGACAAUACACAUACGUACUGGAACCUAACGUGGAGGAGGUGGUGCGGUUUCCAGGGCUGCCCCCACGGCGACAGCUGACCUAUCAGGUGAAGCAGCUCAUCGCCAGGGAGACCGAGCUGGAGAGGAUGAGGAGAACCGAGAGAGCACAGCAGAGACGCAACACACACACGAGGGAAGACCCACAGGAAGUGAAGAAAGACAAACAGGAAGUGAAGACAGACAAUCAGGAAGUGAAGAGAGUCUCUAGCAAGAACCAUCAACAGCGUCUAGAGAACAUCGUCAAACAGACUGUGGUGGAAAUCAGGCCAGAAGUGGACUUCUUUGGCCGUACCAUCAUACCAAAAGAGAAGCCCACCACCACUUCAACAACAGAGGCCAGUAAAGGGGGCAUGGUUAUGCAAAUUGGCCGUGCUGUGGGGAACAGUGACGUUUGGUUCCGCUUCAACGAGGGCGUGUCCAAUGCUGUCAGACGCAAUGUGUAUAUCCGGGAGCUGCUCUGAGAGUGUGUGUGUGUGUGUGUGUGUGUGUGUGUGUGUCUGUGUCUGUAAGAGCAGCUGUCAUUUGUAGAUAUCACUGUGAAUAAACUCAGAAAUGCUAAACUGAAUUGGUUGUCCUU